UGCCGCAGUUGGUCGUGUUUUUCGCUGAAGACUUUGAAGAAGGCCCAUCGACGCCACACCUUGGUAGUCCUUGAUAGCCACCUACAUUAGCUGGAUCAGUGCAGUGUCUUCGUGGACGUACGGCGUGGAGACGUUCAGCUUUUUGACAUAUUUAGGUGGAAAAAUAGUGCAAAAAGGUUUAUUUUUUUCUCUCACUCCUGGAUGAUUCCAUUGAGAACAUAGUUGCUGAACCAAGAAGGAUCGCGUGUGUUGGCCUCAUUACGGUGGUAUUAAAAAUUGUUUAAAGCCGGAAGAAAAGUGCUACCAGAUAAUAGCAACUACUACACACGUUGGGGUUAGUGCUCGUUGCAUGACUUCGUGAGAUUCUCUUUCCCAGUGGCCGUGUAUGGGGUGUAUGUGUCUGAUGUGAAUAACAUGGGGAAUUAUAAUAUCAAAAAUAAUAACUAAAAAAGUUAAAGCAGCAGUGGCGAAGAAAUUGGAAAAGAAAAUUAAGCACGCAAGUGGUCACCCAAGUUCUGCAGUGGAAAAUUGUGGUACGCUUCCGAAGUGACGUGACCGCUGAGCCGCGUACUGUCGGUGAUCGGAGAGUGAGAGUGAGGAGCAUUUGGGAAGGAAAUCCGCUUUCAUGCAAAGUGUAAACGCUAAAGCGAAACUGAAUAGCGAAUUUUCUGACGCAGCAAAGUGGUGUAGUGAGAAUGUGUACACUAUUUGGAUCUGUUUGAAGUGAGAGCUCCCCGUUAUGUACGUAUGCAGCUAAUCUGUUUGCAGCAAAUUAUACCCAAUAGGCUUGCUAAAUGUUUUUGUGAUUAGUGCAAUUAGUGGUCGAGAUUUGCCUCUCGAUAGAAUUGGUGUAAUUGUUGAAUAAAACUAAUUGAUUCUAGUAACACCUGUGAGAGCUGUUUCAACUGAUGCCAUCAUCGGAAUGUUUUAUAAUUAGUUAAGCCAAACAUGAUCGUUUCUUGACCGGAAAUUGCUUUUUCCCAUCCAUUGCUGCUUCAUCAACGGUGCUGGAAGUUUUGAAGCUGGACGGAACGAAACGAGGGCAACCAAUCCAGGCCAGCAAACAGAUCAGAAGCAGCUCGGUUGCUAUUCUCGCACAGCCACGCGACACACCCGGUCAUCAUUGAGUUGGUUGUUGAUCGAUUUCGAGUCGAGCGGCCGGCGACAGAAAAUCGUCAAAAUUGUCGCCCCCACGGCAACCCGUCGACGGUGGUGGUGGUCGGUCGAGGUGGAGUGCGUCGCCACUGCCAGCGGGUUCAGCGAAGGGAAGAGCUCUGUAGCAGCACAACUCCGUGGAUCCCUCGGCCAAUCGUUACGCAACGACGCUGGCUGGGACACAGGGAGAUGAGAUGAGGCUGCUACACGGCGUUAGUUUCAUCAUAUUCGCUGCCGUUUCAGUAUGCGCCGGAAAUCCUGAUGCAAAACGCCUCUACGAUGACCUUCUUAGCAACUACAACAAACUAGUUCGGCCUGUUGUUAACGUUACAGACGCACUAACCGUGAAAAUCAAACUAAAACUAUCGCAGCUUAUUGAUGUGAAUCUGAAAAAUCAAAUCAUGACUACGAAUCUAUGGGUAGAGCAAACGUGGUACGACUACAAGCUCAAGUGGGAGCCGAAAGAGUACGGUGGAGUGGAAAUGUUGCACGUUCCUUCGGAUCACAUUUGGCGGCCGGAUAUUGUGCUAUACAAUAACGCGGACGGUAACUUUGAGGUGACGCUGGCGACGAAAGCCACCCUCAAUUACACCGGACGAGUCGAUUGGCGGCCACCGGCCAUUUACAAAAGUUCCUGCGAGAUUGAUGUGGAGUAUUUUCCCUUCGACGAGCAAACGUGUGUGAUGAAGUUUGGCAGCUGGACGUACGAUGGGUUUCAGGUUGACCUUCGCCAUAUCGAUGAAGUCAACGACACAAACGUAGUGGAAGUUGGAGUGGAUUUGUCGGAGUUCUACACGUCAGUCGAAUGGGACAUUCUUGAAGUUCCUGCAGUCAGAAAUGAAAAAUUCUACACAUGUUGUGAUGAACCGUAUCUCGAUAUCACCUUCAACAUAACGAUGCGCCGUAAAACGUUGUUUUAUACCGUAAAUUUAAUUAUCCCCUGCAUGGGCAUCAGCUUCCUAACAAUAUUGGUCUUCUACCUGCCGUCGGAUAGUGGCGAAAAGGUAUCGUUAAGCAUAUCCAUCCUGCUCUCGUUGACUGUGUUCUUCUUGCUGUUGGCGGAAAUCAUUCCACCGACGUCGCUGGUGGUGCCGCUACUGGGGAAGUUCGUGCUUUUCACCAUGAUCCUCGAUACAUUCAGCAUAUGUGUCACCGUGAUUGUGCUCAACAUUCACUUCCGAUCGCCUCAAACGCACACGAUGGCACCGUGGGUCCGAACAAUCUUCAUCAACCAUCUGCCGAAGCUGCUGGUGAUGCGUCGUCCCAUCUACCAGCCACUGCACCAUUUUAGUGCUGCUUCACAAAGAUUUAUGUUGCGUUCGUGCACUGGAAUGGGUGACAACAUCCCACCGCUGCCGCCGACGAUUGCGUUUGAUCCCUCGGUGCUGCUCGAUCAUCAUUUCCUCGAUUCCAGCGACAGCAUAAACACCUGCCGCCUGCAUGGUAGCCCAACGCAUCAUCCACAUCAUCAUGGAGGCGGCCAUCAUCAUCACCAUCAUCACGGUAUGCGUGGGAUGGAUCUAAUGGAUGACUUAGCACUGCCCUAUCAAGAUCACAACCAUCACAAUUCCCCGAUGUCGCCGAUAAAUUUAAAUCUCCUGUCAACGGCCAGCACGGCCGUCCCAAAUCCGCACCAAUCAACAACCGGUGGCCUGUCGAGUGCCGGUGCGGCCCUCCUUGAUCCCCACAGUACCUUCCAGACCAGCCUGGCUGGAGGUGUUGGUGGAACAAGCAAAACUAGCACAAAUGUGAUAAUUAACACUGCAACAAACACUACUACUAGGAGUAAUCUAAGCUGUUGUAAUAAUCUUUUCCUCAACGAUGGACGAACUGGGUUAGAUAGUAGCGUUCAAUUAACGAACAAUAACAGUGUAGGUGGUGCCAUUGACUCGUCAACAGCCGUUCCGACGGUGCCGAUUAUCAACACCACGGACAGUGGUCUAGGUGGGAGCGGCGGUGGCGGCAGCGGCACUGACGGCAAGGACAAGUCCACGCGAAAUCGAUGGCUCUCAUGUCCCGAGUUGCACAAGGCGAUGGACGGAGUCACGUACAUCGCUGACCACACGCGGAAGGAAGAGGAGAGUACGAGGGUAAAGGAAGACUGGAAGUUUGUGGCCAUGGUGCUGGAUCGAUUGUUCCUAUGGAUCUUCACCAUAGCGGUAGUAUUCGGGACGGCCGGGAUCAUCCUGCAGGCGCCCACACUCUACGACACCCGAGUGCCGAUCGAUAUCAAGAUGUCGGAGAUUGCAACAACGACUGCGAAACCGUACAUUGCCAAACCUGUGUUAUAAUCAACUACGCCACCCGGCGGCAGUUCCGUCGUCGUUAUCAUGGACCGAACGCACCGAGGGAAGCGUCCCUUCCGAUUUUCUACUGUUUCGUUUGUUAGAAAAAAGAAAUUGGAUACCCGGUGGAACACAUCUAUAUCAAACUGAAGCAACGGAGAAAUAAAACAAACUAGGGCAAAAAGAUUCAGCCACGUGGCAGACAAGAGGAAGUUUAUAAAGUAUUUUUUAAUUCCUCUCAAGUGGUUCCAUGUUGAAAACGAACACAAAACGUGAGAAAUAGACGAGAACGAGGGAAACGAAUGGGGAAAGAGUCUUGUUUCCGUUGUUUAUUAAGAGGACUGAACUGUUUAAAAUUUUAUUAACGUUUUAAACUUGAUGUAGAGAUUUUUCGAGCGACUAAUUGAGAUCGUCUAGAUUUUUUUCUAUUCGCGAGAAGAAAAAAAAACUUAGGGAAAAGUUGAAAUGUUGUACUUAGGUCAUUGUUGAGAACGAAAUAAAAAACAAAUUGUUGUCAUCGUAACGAGCAGGUUGUAGCGUGUGGAGAAAGGAUGCUGCCAUAAAAUUUAAACCGUUUGGUUUUCCAAAUGAGAUUAUUUUAAACGUAUGACAUGUAUACCAAAGGUUUCAAAAAAGUUAAUACCAGAAAUAGUAAAUUCAGCUAGUCAUGGAAUUAAAUUCAUCAAUCAAAAAGCCAAGGACUGUGAGACAAUGUGUUUUAUUUAUAUGAUGUGGACUUAUUGUAAAACAAGAAUAACGGCUAUUUAUUUCAAGUAUUGUCGACAAAUAUGAAGGACAACGCAAGAAUCUGCGUCAAUUGUCAAUUAUUCGAUUAAGUAUCUAAAUUUGAAUCAAAUUCAAAUAUUGAAUAAGCACAUGUACUCUCAGGCCAUAUAUAAAUCAUUUACUCACAAGCACUUCAAGGGGUGCUCGGACGCAUUCUGCACAUAUCUUUGAAGGUAUUUACUUCAUUGCAUAAUUUGCUAAGUUUUCUCUACUCCAGCCAAAAUGGACUGAAACCCAAAUGAAAAACAUCUUUUCAAGAUCAGAGAUGUAAGUAAGAGCAUUUUUUCUGUGCACAGGAUAAAAAAAAAACAUGAUUUGAUGAAUAUCAAAUAAUAGCUACAUUUGAUGUGAUAAGACUGGAUGCCAGGAUCACGAUAGAAUUCUGCCUGAUGGUAUGUAGUGGCAAGUUGUUCCAAACUUGUUGAAGAGCUUGAGUAAGGAAUGCAUCAUUAACAGAAAGUUAAAGCUGCAAAGGAUCAUUUUACUCUAGUGAAACGGGAUCUAAUUCCAGUUCCUAUUACUGCCGUAGGACAGAUUUAAGUUUCAUCGCAGUUUGGACAUGUUUGUACAGUAAUGAUAAUUGCAAACAGCUUUAGUCCGGGGGUUUAAAAGGUAUAGCUGUAUUGCAGAUCCAGCAACUGAUUUCAGAAUGUCUGGUGAGUCACGCCUAUUCCGAGGCCACUUUUACAUACAAUAAGCCCACAUGUAAACACUAUCGAUAUCAAAUGGAUAAUGGUACUGUAAACACACUUCCAGAUGUCAAAACAUGGUGGUUCUAAAUCAGGCCUAGGCAAGCUCCUUGUUUGUCAUUCGCGGUUAUCAAUAAAAAAAACAUCUCGUUUAUAGCA